AUGAUCAUGCGGACAACAGCAUCAAACAUCUUCAAAGCCAUCUCAACAAGACUGUUAUUCGUAGGUCAUGCCCUGCUUGCCAUCUAUAUGGUAACAGUCAUCUCCAAUGAUUCCAAGAUGUGGCAUUUAGCUUGGAUUCUUGUUACGCUACUCAUAGAGACCAUCAUUGCCAUCAUUUACCGAAAGGGGGACGAAUGUAAAUGGGUGUCCGGCAGUAUCAUCUGUUACCUGGCAACCACCAUCCCGUGUACAUGGAUCACGGAGUUUCAUCUGCUGGAUCUCCGUACGCGCAGCAACCAAGGGACUGGGAACAAUGACGUCACGUAUCCUUCCAAUACCACUCACUCACCGAAUACUAAGAUUAUUCUACCAAUUAACAUUUCUCCAGGUAAUUUUACUGACCUGAUAGAACAGUUAACGAUGCUCAUGUUGAUUCUUGGUCGGUGGCUGCUUCCCAAAGGAUCAUUAACUCGUGAAUCUCUGUCACAGCUUCUGCUMGUCAACCUUGCCAUGAGUGCAGACAUCAUUGAAUUCUUUGAUAUUCUUAAACUGGCCCAAACACGAGUGUCCAAGGAUCUAACCAUUACAAUUUUAAGUCUAUGGACGAUAAGUCUACUACAGUUUCCUCUGAACGCGACUGCAAAAUUAGGGGAUGAAAUCAGAGAAGAAGUAUCGCCACCUAGCAACACAAACGCAGCACCAAAUCACGAUAUUAACAAGAACUCGGUACCAAACUACAUCAAACGUCAUGGACGACGACAGUCACGUGUCUCUGUUGACUAUUCUUGUCUUCAAGCACCACUCAGUGACCGAAAACUGUCAAUAAUCGCUCCACAAAACCGUCGUUUAUCGUUCCAGCAUGCCCCAGGCCCCCCAGCCGAGGAGGUUGAUGAUAUACUGGAGACACAUGUUAAGAUACCACGCACACACAGGCAUUCCAUGGCUGUUGGCAUGAUUGAUAGGUUGAAUGUCCCGGAUGUGUCAUCACGUGACAUGGGUCAUCAAUCAAGAAGACUGUCCGUCGAUGUAAAUAGUACAAGAUACAAUAACCUUAGAGAGAACAUGCAAGGUUUGGCCAAUCAGAUGCCAAGAAGAUAUUCACGUGAUGUUCAGGGGAAUAGUAAUAAGUCACGUGCUUCGGUUGACAUUUCCGCUGACCGAAUGACUGCACGUUUUAAUUUUGAGCGAGCAGCUUCCUUAGAAUCAAACGAGACAACUGCUGAAGGCGAAGGGCCAAAACACAGGGUGACCAUGGACUUAAUMUGCACGUUAAUGGCUCUUUUCUUACAAGACGGUCCAUUCCUCACAUUCAGGCUGUACAUGAUUGCUAAACAUUCAGCCUUUGAAUACAUGAUUGUUUUCUUGACAGUUAAAAACGCUCUUCUCUUGACUCUACAAAUUUACAAGCUCUGUGUUCAGCAUUGCGUCUGCCAUGAUCACAAGGACAACGACUUCUCGCCUGAAAACCACGUGGACGCCAUGUCAAGGCUGAAUAAUGUACAGAUUGCCGUGAUACACGAGGAGAAUGAGACAAGGAAAUCAGAGCCGUCAAAGAAAAAGAAACGAGGGAGAUAUAAUCGACUAAGUGUUCGAUGGAGUCGAACUAAGACGAGUAUUACUGGAACUGGUCCCUUGUUCUACUCACGUGCUUAGUCGUGACUAAGUAUUGAUGCACUUGAAACCAGAAGCCCUUACGGUAGGAUUUGAUCUGCGAUGCGAUACCGCGUACCGAACCAGAUAACUGUAUUGUUCUAGAUAGGUGUCCCCAAUUAGUUUAUUUAAAUAAGCUAGAACGACAUGACACAGUAAUAAAGUUUAUUAUUAUUAUUA